UUGACCAACAAAAAAUGUUCCCAAAUAACAUUGGUUUUCCCAUCUAUAAUAAUUAACUGUAAUACAUAUAUCAAAACUUAGGCAAUAUCGAGUAGUAGUAAACAGAUGGCAAAGAGUUUUUUUUUUAGCUUAAAAUAAGAAUCAUUUCAAAAAGCUAAUCAUUUGUCACUUUCUCCUCCUCCUUUACCUAUCAUCCAAACCCAAAGCAAACGCUACUUCCCUUUUAAUAUAUUAGUGUCACAAAUCUCCAACAUCAUCGACAGGCGACUACACAGAAAAAUGCAAGAUCCACGGAAUCACGUUCCAUCUUCUCCCACCAUCUCCUCCGUCUCUUCCUCCGAUCUUGAUACAGAGAACUGUUACAGAAACAUAUCUUUGUGUUCUUGAUUGGGUUUCUUUAUUGGUGAUUGGAGGAUAUAUUAGUCUACAGGAUCCUUCUUCCAUGAUAGAAGCAUCACACUUGGAACUCUUAUGGGACUUAGUUUCACCGCAACCAUGCCCAUGAUGCCAUUCCGAGCUUCUUCCCACCGCCACGUGUCACCCUCCCUCACAGCCUCCGACGCAACAAGACUCAACCAGAGGAAACGUCCUCCGUCGAACUCGUCUGAGCGACAUCGACGCCGCAAGUGGUGGCGCUUUUGCCGAGACGACGACGAUGGCCCUGGAAACGGGUUGCAACGCGGGGCCGGAGACUGUAGUAGACGUUCGUCUCUCGGUGAGUAUCUGGAGGUUGAACGGAGGUUUGGAGAUGAAGCCGUCUACGGCUCCGCCGAGUCGGAGCUAGAGGGUGCGGUGGCGCGUUACCGGGAACAGCAGCCGGCGGUGGCGGAACGGGCGUUGUUCGCCGACGGGAGGGUACUUCCUCCGGCUUCUGCUGAGAUUGUUACCGGAGAAAGUACACCGGUGGCUACGGCACUUUGUAGAUUCCCGGUUUCCUUAACCGGUAUAUGCAGCGGAGGAGGGUGAUAAAUCCAUCGUCGGUCCAUGUGCUUAUUUGUUUCUUUAAAAAAAUUAUGUAUUCAAUAAUCUUUAGAAUCGUAAUAAUCAUUGUUAGUCGAGAAAAUGUGAUGAAGUUUAAUAACAGCAA